GGACAAUCCAUAAUAACAGAUGAUAAAGUGUUAAUCAUAUUUUUCAUACUUUUUGUUGUCUCUAUGUCAACAAAAAGUAUGAAAAAUAUGAUUAACAAUCUACUAUAGGAUACUCUUCAUGUGUGUGGAGUAUUCCUAAAAAAUGAUUUGGUUCUCCACACUUUAUAUGUCCAAAAAGGUUUUAAUUGUUGCUUCAGACCGUUUUCGACUAUGCUACAUCUAACUAGAUUAUUCAAAGCGAAAAAAAUUUUUUUUUCCACAAAAGUGGUAGAAAUCCUACGGAUUCACCCUAAACUGAUUCAGAAUAUGAUCAUAAUCAAUUCUUUGCUAAAAUCAUUUUGAUCUACUCAGAUUAUAGAGCAUGUUGAGAUGUCUAUAGAACAAUAAUCUUUUCUGUUUUUCCAAAAAUGAUUAUUAAGUAAAAUAAUAUCAUAUUUAUGUCUCUUCGUAGUUAAAAACAAACGAUGUGUCUUUGACCUGUGUUCGUCGAUAUUCGACAGUUGAAACAACACGAUUAUAUGAUCGAAUUUUUUCUUAUGUAUACAAUCUACGAUCUUUCUAUCACCAUUGAAAAGAUAGUGCUCUGUUCUACUGAGUUUUUCUACGCUUUCUUAUAGAACUUUUCAAUGAGAAAAACAUUCAAAAAUGUCUUUUGUAUCUGCAAAAUCUUUUAGAUUUCAAAUCUAUUCCGAAAUUAAAAAAUUCUUUCGUGUAACUUGAGUCAGAUACUGAUUUGUAUCUGUUGUAUGAAUAAAAAUGACUGUAUAUUUUCUGCAAAAAGGAAUAAUUUGAAACAAAAAAAUAUUUCUUCGUCCGCGUGUUUUAAUAUAACAUCAUAAGGCGUAAAAACAGUCGUUUACAGUAGAAUACGAAGCAUGAACAUCUGUUUAUGAUAACAUUUUGAUAAUUUACGAUGAUCUCCAAUGAUUGAUCUAUAGAUCCACAGAUAUUUUUAGCUAUAUCUUUCUAGAUAGAUCGAAUAACGUUUAUGCCAAGAACAAAGAAAUCAGAUUGAAUAAAUUUCUCUAUAUAAUAUUGUAAAUACCUUAACCCUUUCUACUAAAAGUUAUUCCCUACCUGAAAAUAAUAAUCCUUCAAAGAACUUUUAGAAUAAUCUCUAUCGCUUCAUUCUCAAAGGAAUACAAGCUUUAUGUUCUUAUAAGGCAUAUGCGAUAGGAUACAUUUCGACUCGAUUACUUUUUAAUUACAAUUAGUCAAUAGUCUUGAAACGAACCAUUUUUUCGUGGUUCGAACGUUAUUUCGUUUACAAAGAUUUUUUUGUUCAUAGACUUUGGUAAUUGUCCGUGCACUUGGUAUUAAAUAAUUGGUGCUAUUUUGAGCUUGAUUAGCCUAGAUUCUUGUCCCGUAGGAUCGUCUUUUUUUCAGAAAAUGGUAUACUUUCUAUGCAUUCACUCCUUAAUUAAAGUAGAAGAAUUAGAUAAAGCGUUAUUUACAGCUCUUGCUCUCAACAACGGUUUAUUUUCGACACAGUUUUUCUGUCAAUCAUUGCAUCACAUUAAUUAGUGCAGUUUGUGCACUGCAGAACAUUGCAUGUGGACGAGAGACACGACAGGUUUAAUUAAUUGCUAUGAUUUAUCAUAUUAAUCAGGCCUGAAACUUACAUACUUUUUCUAUCGUAAAACACAGUCGACGUUACUGACUGUUUACGAAGAAAUACGAUAGUAAACGAUGAUCAUUUGAAUAAUAUUUUACAGUUGAUGUAUGCCGUAUCUUAUAAGGGCGGCAGAGCCCAUUAUGUUUGGGUAGGGUGUGGAUGUGGGUAUUGUGUAAGUGAAUAUAUCCAUACCCACACCGAUAGUACGCUUUCACGAUUGCACCCUUGCGUCCUUUCAAACGUAAAGAUUCAAUAUGUCAGUAGUAAAAAUGAAGGACAGCCUGAAUUCGGCUUCGACGUUCGUUAGAAAUCGGACAUUUCAAAUAAAUGUUUUUUUUGAAAAUUUCAUAAAAAUAUUUAUUUCUCAAAAUGUUAAAUGAAUUACUAUUUCGAUUCUGUUUUCGUAUUCAAUGGGUGCUAUUUAUUUACUUGUAUUCGAUUUAACGUUUGGUUCAUUCAAAGAAGCAUUUUGGCUUUGAUGGACAGUAUGUUAAAUUUCUCAAGAAAAAACCUAAUUUGAAUUUCUUUAUUUUGUAGUUUCCGAUAAUAUCUUAUGUUUUUACAAUGAUUUAUUUAUUUGCUGAUUAUCUAGGUUGUAAGUUUUGUUAUUGAACGUGAGUUCGAAGUUUGUUUUAAAUGAUCAAAGAAACGAGAAGAAAGAGUGACAACAUUGACCACAUAACAAUUAACUCCUCGAAUUAUGUAUAUACAAUAUAUAUUUAUAUGUAUAGCGAAGAAUAUAUCACGCAUUAUAAAAUACGCAAUAGAAAAGACUACUAUGUAGUAGUAAUAGAGAAAACAUCAAGGUCAAUAUCAAUGUUUCUUUGAUCUUAAGAAAACAGAAACGAAUAUUGAGUAGUUAGAUGAAAGGAAACGAAAGAACGAAAGUAAACACACAUAAUAGAAAAGAGAACAAAGCACAAACAAAUACAUAUUGUUCUUAAGGAAUAAUAAAUCUUUAACAUGGGUGUCAAUUGUGUGCUUAAUCUAGUCUGACGUUCUGGUGCAUUGACAGCUGUAACCGGUGUGUUCGCUCCAAAAAGAAUAAACAUUAUUUUUCUAAAAAUGUAGUUUGUUUACUUUUAGUUACAACAUUUUGCAAGACGAUUACAAUAAUUCUAUCCUUUAUUGCUUUUACUAAACCAUUUACUUUCCAAUAUUUAUGGUCUGGUGUUAUUGUUGUAUUUGGUAUUUAUUUAAAUGCUCAUGGUCAAAAUAAAAAAUCAAUUGAAACUUAUACACGUUUUAUUGAUAAUCAUUCAUUAAUGCAAUUUCGAAGACAGAGUAGCAAUUAUUGA